AUGCAUUUACACUUACAAUGUUCUCUUUACCAGCGAUCCAAUUCUCCAGAAGAGCACAAAGCCAUUCGCGCCCGAAUGCAAGGAAAACACCCAGUCACAGGAGUUGACCAGGAGCUGCUGGUCACCUGGCGGCUCCUUUAUGCCAACGCGCGUGAGGGACUUGUGCUACCUGUCGUUGGCAUGCUGGCUCGCUUCCUGCCUACUCCUAGUCUACUUGACAGCACCCCCUGGCUACAGCUCUCGUUUGUUCUCCUAAAGACCGUCUUCCUCUUCAUCUGCCAUCUCUAUGUCUUUGAGAUUGUCAACCAGGUCACCUCCGUCGAGGAGGACAGAAUCAACAAACCUCAACGUCCCAUUCCCUCUGGUCUGCUCACAGUCGCCGGUGGUCGCAAGCGCUGGUCAAUCAGCUGGGUCGUCUGUCCAUUCCUGGCAUACUACCUGGCGGGCUCCCAGGCCUGCAGCCUCUUUAUCUGGUACCAGCUCUGGACGUUCUUCUGUUAUGUCUGGCCAAAGUUCAACCACUUUAUGUUCCGCAAUGCCUUCGCCUCCGUGGGCGUCUACAACAUGUUCCGGCUGAUCGACGAGAUUAUCUACAGCGAAGUUCCAUCCUUUCCUCUGCCGCCGACCAACUUUUACCUCGUCCUUUCAGCCUGGGUCAUGCUCACCAUCCAUAUGCAGGAAUUCCAUGAUAGUGAGGGGGACAGGAAGAUGAACCGCCGGACAUUGCCAGUCAUUGCUGGGCCCAGAUGGGAUAGAGCUCUACGCUGGGCGACUGCUCUUUUGGUUAUGGGAACUGGAGUAAUGCCUUUGAUUAUUACUGGCACGCUCUAUAGGGACGGUCAAGACAAGGAGCUUCCCGACCAGCGUUGGAUAUACAACGGCACCGUCAUCAUGGCACUACUGCACUCAAUUUUUGCGUUUCUUUCAGGCCUUCGAUGCGCGUUCAGCUGGGGAAAAGCAGCUUAUGACCGCAAGACCUACAAGCGUUUCUACAUGCUUGCGGCAUACACCAUGGUAUGCUAUCUAUCCUUUGCUUAUUCGACCGUGUGA